AGUGCCCUGAGGGGCAGAUCGUGGGCAGAAUGGAGGAGCACACAGAGACAGGCUCAGCACCAGUGCUGGGGGAACAGAAGGCUCUAAUUGACAAUCCUGCUGAUAUCCUAGUCAUCGCGGCUUAUUUCCUGCUGGUCAUUGGUGUCGGCUUGUGGUCCAUGUGCAGAACCAACAGAGGCACCGUCGGCGGCUACUUCCUGGCGGGACGGAGCAUGGUGUGGUGGCCGGUCGGGGCCUCUCUCUUCGCCAGUAACAUCGGCAGUGGCCACUUCGUGGGCCUGGCAGGGACCGGUGCGGCGAGCGGCCUGGCGGUGGCUGGAUUUGAGUGGAAUGCGUUGUUCGUGGUCCUGCUACUUGGCUGGCUCUUCGUGCCGGUGUACCUGACCGCGGGCGUCAUCACCAUGCCGCAGUACCUGCGCAAGCGCUUCGGCGGCCGUCGUAUCCGCCUCUACUUGUCCGUGCUCUCGCUUUUUCUGUACAUCUUCACCAAGAUUUCGGUGGACAUGUUCUCCGGGGCAGUAUUCAUUCAACAGGCUCUGGGCUGGAACAUCUAUGCCUCCGUCAUCGCGCUCCUGGUCAUCACCAUGAUCUACACUGUGACAGGAGGGCUGGCGGCGCUGAUGUACACGGACACGGUGCAGACCUUCGUCAUUCUCGCGGGGGCCUUCGUCCUCAUGGGUUACGCCUUCCACGAGGUGGGCGGGUAUUCGGGGCUUUUCGACAAAUACUUGCGGGCAGUGACGUCCCUGACGGUAUCCGAGGAUCCGGCCGUGGGCAACAUCUCCAGCUCCUGCUAUCGACCCCGGCCGGACUCCUACCACCUGCUCCGGGACCCUGUGACGGGGGACCUGCCAUGGCCCGCGCUGCUUCUGGGGCUUACUAUCGUGUCCAGCUGGUACUGGUGCAGCGACCAGGUCAUCGUGCAGCGCUGCCUGGCUGGGAAAAACCUCACCCACAUCAAGGCAGGCUGCAUCCUGUGCGGCUACUUGAAGCUGAUGCCCAUGUUCCUCAUGGUCAUGCCGGGCAUGAUCAGCCGCGUUCUUUACCCGGACGAGGUGGCGUGCGUGGUGCCCGAGGUGUGUAAGCGCGUGUGCGGCACCGAGGUGGGCUGCUCCAACAUCGCCUACCCGCGGCUCGUCGUGAAGCUCAUGCCCAAUGGUCUGCGCGGACUCAUGCUGGCGGUCAUGCUGGCGGCGCUCAUGUCCUCGCUGGCCUCCAUCUUCAACAGCAGCAGCACACUCUUCACCAUGGACAUCUACACGCGCCUGCGGCCCCGCGCGGGCGACCGCGAGCUGCUGCUAGUAGGACGGCUCUGGGUGGUGUUCAUCGUGGCCGUGUCGGUGGCCUGGCUGCCCGUGGUGCAGGCGGCGCAGGGCGGGCAGCUCUUCGAUUACAUCCAGUCGGUCUCCAGUUACCUGGCGCCGCCGGUGUCUGCCGUCUUCGUGUUGGCGCUCUUCGUGCCCCGAGUCAACGAGAAGGGCGCCUUCUGGGGACUGAUCGGGGGCCUGCUGAUGGGUCUGGCACGCCUGGUUCCCGAGUUCUCCUUUGGCUCCGGCAGCUGCGUGCGCCCCUCGGCGUGCCCCGAGCUUCUCUGCCGCGUCCACUACCUCUACUUCGCCAUCCUGCUCUUCGUCUGCUCCGGCCUCCUCACCCUCGUGGUCUCGCUGUGCACACCGCCCAUCCCGCGCAAGCACCUCCACCGCCUGGUUUUCAGUCUCCGGCACAGCAAGGAGGAGAGGGAGGACCUGGAUGCUGAGGAGCUAGAAGGUCCGACCGCAGCCCCCGUGCAGAACGGGUGCCCUGAGCACGCAGUGGAGAUGGAGGGUAAGGCACUGCCCCCGGGACCUGGGGCCGGGGAGCUGGGGGAGCCGAGUGUCCUCAGACUCACUGUCAGGCCUCAAUUUCUCCCAGCACCCCCGCCCCCAAGGCCAGGCCUGUUGCGGCAGUGCCUGCUCUGGUUCUGUGGUGUGAGCAGGGGUGGGGCGGGCAGCCCCCCACGCCCUACCCAGGAGGAGACAGCUGCCGCAGCCAGGCAGCUGGAGGACAUCAGUGAGGACCCACACUGGGCCCGCGUCGUCAACCUCAACGCCCUGCUCAUGAUGGCCGUGGCCACGUUCCUCUGGGGCUUUUAUGCCUGAGGCCCACUGUGUUGGACACCCUGAGCCACAGCCUUGAAAUGAGUCGGGGUGGGGAGCCCGCAGCGGUGAGAAGGGCCUGGGGCCGGAGAGUAGCGGGGAGGCCCCGGGAUCCCUACUGUCUGCCUUGUUUCUGCCCGGGGCCCAGUCCAUUUGACUAGUAGCCACAUCCUGUGAGGCCUUGGCCAGCUGGCCACUGUGGUUGCCCUAAGAACAAAUAAAGCUGCCUUGCCUAGG